UGAGAGAUAAAUCAAGUACCGAACACGCAGGACUCGGCCAAGGCCAGGGCCGUGCAUGGCGUCGUGAUUGAGGAAGUGAAAGAGUUCUUGGAAGAAAUGUGGGGUGCAAGAUGUAGGGAAUAGUAUUUUGUCCCCAUAUACGUAGGAUAUUGUCUGUUCUGCAUGUUUGUUUUCUUUUCACCGGAGCUGCCGUUAAAAAGGCCUGACUGUAGAAAAAUCCUAAGACAUCUGUGACAUCAAGAUCAAGAUCAAGACCUGUUUGAAUGGUCGAGGGUGUUUUUCUGGGUGCUCUUCGUUAUUUUUGUGCCUCACCCUCGACUAUAAGUGUUGUUUGUGUGGGCUGUACCAGGAUAAAGCCAUGGCGAGGAUGCCUUUCUUCACCCAGCUGGAGUCCCUCAGCACCCACGUGGAGACCCAGGUGAAGGCCCUCAAGCAGCAACUGAAUCAGCCUCCAGGCAAGAACCCUCAGACGUACGACAAAGGCCUCAGUAGACUCAAGACGGACAUUCAAGAGCUCAAGGAACUGUCCGAGGAGGUCAGAAAGAACCUUUCGUCGUUCAACAAGUUCAGCGGCUACCUGGGGGACGCCAAGGAGCUGGUGGAGGAGCAGAUGGCCGGCACUGAAAAGAUGGAGCAGUAUCUGGCCCAGUAUGGCUACGUCAUUCCCGAAAAGCCUGAGCCAGAAGACUCACCCUCUGUGGAAGUCACCACCCCUGAGGAGAGUGUAGAAAAGAAACCUGAGGAAAGUGCUGCCAUAGACACAAACAGUCAUCAUCAUGUGACCCCCGAGCUGAGUAUCCACGGCCAGAUGGUGCUGCAGCAUAAGGAGCUGCCUAUACUGUCAACAGCAAAAAAA